AGAGACAACAAGAAAAGAACCCGUUGGUCACCAGAAUGGACUUUGGUUUUAUAGCAAUCCUCUUUAUUCACCGAUCCACGUCCAUCACCGUCUUCCUUCUCCUAUUCUCUUUUUCUUGUUCAUGUUCUUGUUGUUCUUCUUUUGAGAAAAAAAGAAGAAGAACAUAGAGAAUUGAAGGAGGAAGAUUGAGAACGGGGAAUACCCAGGUAAUUGGUUCUGUUAAAUUUUUUAUUUUGAUAACUGGGUGUUUCUCUUUUCAUCUUUUUACCUUCAGUGGGAGAAAGGGGGGUUUUCUGAGUUGAUGGACUUGGAAAGCGUUGAGUGUGUGUCAUCCUCGGAUGGCAUGGAUGAGGAUGAGAUCCACACCAAUCAUCAUCACUCUGAGUUUUCUUCCACAAAGCCUCGCAAUGGAGGCACCAAUAACGUUAAUUCUGUGGGGUCCACCGCUCUUCCUCCGGCAACCAGCGUCCAUGAGUUGCUGGAAUGUCCUGUGUGUACUAAUUCAAUGUACCCUCCAAUCCACCAGUGUCACAAUGGCCACACGCUCUGUUCCACUUGUAAAACAAGGGUGCACAACCGAUGUCCCACUUGUAGACAAGAGCUUGGAGAUAUUAGGUGUUUGGCACUGGAAAAGGUGGCUGAAUCACUUGAGCUACCUUGCAAGUACUUCUCCCUUGGAUGUUCAGAAAUCUUUCCAUACUACAGCAAGCUUAAGCAUGAGACAGUAUGCAAUUAUAGACCAUAUAGUUGCCCUUAUGCUGGAUCAGAGUGUUCUGUCGUGGGAGAUAUUCCCUUCCUUGUUGCACAUUUAAGGGACGAUCAUAAAGUGGACAUGCACACAGGAUGCACAUUCAACCAUCGUUACGUGAAGUCAAAUCCGCGUGAAGUGGAGAAUGCAACCUGGAUGCUCACAGUGUUUCAUUGUUUUGGUCAAUAUUUCUGCCUUCAUUUUGAAGCUUUCCAGCUUGGCAUGGCACCUGUUUACAUGGCAUUCCUUCGUUUUAUGGGUGAUGAGAAUGAGGCUCGGAAUUAUAGCUAUAGCCUAGAGGUUGGGGCCAAUGGUAGGAAACUCAUCUGGGAGGGUACGCCACGAAGUGUUCGAGAUAGUCACCGGAAAGUGAGGGAUAGCCAUGAUGGGCUCAUCAUUCAAAGAAAUAUGGCUCUAUUUUUCUCUGGUGGGGACAGAAAGGAGCUGAAACUCAGAGUUACAGGAAGAAUAUGGAAGGAGCAACAGAAUUCGGAUGCUGGUGUGUGCAUGCCAAAUCUCUGUAGUUGACAUGUUAUUUGAAGGGCAUUUCUAUCAGUUCUGUUUCUUCACUCAUUUAGGCUAUAUAUUUAUACCAUCCAAGUGCCUCUGAAAUGUCCAGUUUUCAUAAACUGUGUAAUGAACCAGAUUUUCUUCCUCUGAAAUUUGUUUGAUUGGAAUUUCAAUUAACUCUUGCUCUGAA